GUGUUUGCUAGUUCCGCUAACUACGUCGUUGCUUGUCUACUGGAAGAAUAUAAACACAGCUGUUCUGGUCCAGAAGGCCAAAUAGCGACAGAAUCAUGUUGCGCCUGCCGAAUGUUGGCCGAGCUUUGGCCGGAGCCACCAAGGGCAGCCUGGCUCCAUCCUACACUGUACGGGUUAAUGUGCGUGCUGCUAGCAACAUGGUGGAGGUGUUUGUUGAUGGGAAACCAGUGGAGGUGGAACCUGGUACUACUGUUCUACAGGCCUGUGAGAAGGCAGGAAUCCAGAUCCCAAGGUUCUGCUACCACGAGCGCCUCUCAGUGGCUGGAAAUUGUCGCAUGUGUCUAGUAGAAAUUGAGAAAGCUCCAAAGCCAGUGGCAGCCUGCGCGAUGCCAGUCAUGAAGGGCUGGAACAUCCUCACAAAUUCAGAGAAGACUCGCAAAGCCAGAGAGGGAGUGAUGGAAUUCCUGCUGGCUAACCACCCACUGGACUGCCCAAUUUGUGAUCAGGGAGGAGAGUGUGACUUGCAGGAUCAGUCCAUGCAGUUUGGUUCCGACCGCAGUCGUUACACAGAGCAGAAGCGAGCAGUGGAAGACAAGAACAUUGGACCACUCAUCAAAACGAUCAUGACUCGCUGCAUCCAGUGCACACGCUGCGUCCGUUUUGCCAGUGAAAUUGCAGGAGUUGAAGAUUUGGGAACAACAGGAAGAGGGAACAACUUACAAAUCGGGACUUACGUGGAGAAGAUGUUCAUGUCUGAACUGUCGGGAAACGUUAUUGAUAUUUGCCCAGUCGGCGCGCUCACCUCUAAGCCAUACGCCUUCACCGCACGGCCAUGGGAAACUAGGAAAAUUGAGUCAAUUGACGUGCUGGACGCCGUGGGAAGUAACAUUCUAGUGAGCACAAGAGGAGGUGAGGUGAUGAGGGUUUUGCCCAGGCUGAAUGAAGACAUUAAUGAAGAAUGGAUUUCUGACAAGACCAGGUUUGCCUAUGAUGGUCUGAAGAGGCAGCGGUUGACUCAGCCAAUGGUAAAGGAUGAGUCGGGUCAACUGACCCCAGCCACCUGGGAGGAUGCACUGACUCGUGUCGCUGGAGCUCUGCAAGGUGUACAGGGCAGCGAAGUGGCAGCCAUCGUGGGAGGCAUGGCAGACGCGGAAGCUCUCGUCUCCCUAAAAGAUCUCCUCAACAGGUUGAACUCGGAAAGCCUCUGCACUGAGGAGGUCUUCCCUCUGGCUGGAGCCGGCACUGAUUUACGGUCCAACUACCUCUUGAACACGCGCAUUGCUGGCAUUGAGGACUGUGACCUGCUUCUGCUGGUUGGGACUAACCCACGCUAUGAGGCCCCGUUGUUCAACGCCAGAAUCCGCAAGAGCUGGCUUCAUAAUGAGCUUCGUGUUGCCCUGGUGGGUCACAAUAUCGACCUGAGUUACACCUAUGACCAUCUUGGAGAGGAGACAUCUGUGCUGAAAGAGCUGGCCAAUGGAACACACCCAUUCUGCCAGGUCCUUGCAGCUGCACAGCGUCCGGUCGUCGUAGUGGGCAGUAGCGCUCUACAGAGAGCAGACAGUGCUGCCAUUUUGAGUUCAGUUUCCACCAUCGCACAGAAUGCCAGAACCAGCAGCGGAGUGGAGGAAGGCUGGAAAGUUCUCAAUGUCCUGCACAGAGUGGCCAGUCAAGUAGCGGCUCUGGAUCUGGGCUACAAGGCAGGUGUGGAUGCCAUCAGGACGAACCCACCCAAAGUCUUGUUCUUGCUGGGAGCUGAUGGUGGGUGUAUCACCCGAGGUGACCUUCCUAAAGACAGCCUCAUUAUCUACCAGGGUCAUCAUGGUGACGACGGCGCAACAAUGGCGGAUAUAAUCCUCCCCAGUGCUGCGUACACGGAGAAAAAUGCCACAUAUGUCAACACGGAGGGGAGGAGCCAACACACCCGGGUAGCUGUGACCGCUCCGGGAAUGGCCCGAGAGGACUGGAAGAUCAUCAGAGCUGUGGCGGAGCUAGCAGGUGUGACGCUGCCCUACGACUCACUAGACGAGGUUCGAUCCAGGCUCGCUGAGGUGUCUCCAAACCUGGUGCGGUAUGAUGACGUGGAGGAGGCAAACUAUUUUAAGCAGGCAAACGAACUUGCUAAGGGGGUGAAGCAGGACCUCAUUGCGGCUCCUCUGAUACCACCUCAGCUUUCAGUAAAGGACUUCUACAUGACGGACUCCAUCAGCAGAGCCUCGCAGACAAUGGCCAAGUGCGUCAAAGCCAGCACAGAAGGCGCCGCCUCUGUCGACGAGCCCUCCAUUUGUUAAACACCCAACACUUGUCCAUAAACUCUUGGGUAUAUUAAAAUGAUCCACAUCCCUCAUCAAACUCAGUUUUGCAGCAUUUAAUUUUAAUGUGUCCUUGUUGUUGUAGCCACCUUAAUUGUUUUCACUCCUGAGAAAAAGCUUUGUUGAGGUGGGGCUUUGAAAAAAUGUACAAAAUGAAUAAAAUAUUAUCCUGU